AUGGCGAUGGCCGAUGUGCAAGCAGGCCAGAACGUGCCCGCGGCGGCAUUGGAGGAAAACUCGGGGCCAGGUGUCAGGGCCGAAGGGCAGACGCAUGGCCUCCUGCAGUCGGCACUAGAGCUCGGAAGGCCUGUGAGGGCCUGCCAGGGCUCACGCCCGCAGCGCACAUUCUGCCACAUGCUGAGCAGUUUCGAGCUCCGAUUCGAGAGGUGGGAGGAUGGGCAGCUGGUGCAGAAGCGGCUGACGGAGCCCAACCGGUGGGAGGUGCACAGCGCAGAGGAGGUGGCAGUGACGCUGGGCGAUCUGCGCCUCCGCAUCCUGCAGCAGGCAAGCGCGCUGCGGUAUGCGGCUGCGUGCAUAGGGUGGGCACCGCACCAGCUGGCUGGGGCAGGCAUCAACCCUGAGAAGCUGGGUGUGGCGGCAGCGCUAUGGGACGGUGCCCUGGUGCUGGCUGGCUACCUGGUGGCGCAGCCCCGUUAUCGAUACCUUGGCAUGCGGUGCGUGGAGCUGGGGGCGGGCGUGGGUCUGGUGGGGCUGGCGCUGGCGGCCAUGGGCGCACAGGUGGCAAUCACGGAUGUGGAGAAGGUGCUGCCACUGAUGCGCGAGAACCUGGGCGCCAACGGCUUCGACCCCGCCGUUGGGCCCCGGGAGGGAUCUGGUUGGGCGGAGGCUGCAGAGCUGGAGUGGGGGAAGCCUGGGUGGAUGGAGCGGUCGGUGGCGCCGCUGGCAGAGGCGGGCGUGGACCUGGUGGUGGCCGCCGACUGCUGUUACAUAGAUCAGGAUGGCACCAGCCCCAGCACGCCUGCAUUUGUGGAGACGUGCGCGGGGCUGUGCGGGGCCAAGACACGCUGCCUGGUGCGGGCAUGCCUCAUACAGGAGGCCAAGAAGCGGUUCCGCCACGUGAAGCAGGUGCCGCUGUCGGCGGUGCCGUACCCGCUGCGCCUCGAGUACGUCGACAUCUGGGAGCUGCAGCAGCCGCUCGCCGCCAAAACUGACUGCACCUCAGCCACCCGUGCCUGCCUGCAUGUCUGCCUGCUGUCUACCUGCUGAUCGCCUGCGCUUCACAAAACUCGACUCUUUCCGCCAUUUGUUUCCGCCUCCCCCUCAUUCUAAUUGCUCCUGCCUGCUCUAACUGUUUCUGGUACUGCUACACACGUCGCGGGGUGGCUCAUGAAAAAACAUUCAUG